CGUGGACUGGAGAAGAGGGGGCCCAGGGCCCAGAAGAGGGGGGAGGCAAGGGAGGCCCUAAGGUCCUGGCCGCCACGAAAGGCAGGAGGCAGCCGAUGGAGCCAAGGGAAAGGCAGGCGUCUCUCUGGCAAGGAAAAGCCCAUGUGGAAGGUGGAUCAGCACGAAUGUCCCUCCUUAUAUUAGUGUCUAUCUUCCUCUCUGCUGCUUCUAUCAUGUUUCUGGUAUAUAAAAAUUUUCCACAACUUAGUGAAGAAGAAAGAGAAUGUAUAAAAGUUCCCAGAGACAUGGAUGAUGCAAAGGCCUUAGGAAAAGUCCUAUCAAAAUACAAGGACACCUUUUAUGUCCAAGUAUUAGUGGCUUAUUUUGCCACAUACGUUUUCUUGCAAACAUUUGCUAUUCCUGGGUCUAUAUUUCUCAGUAUCCUCUCAGGGUUUCUUUAUCCAUUCCCAUUAGCCUUAUUUCUUGUCUGUUUGUGUUCUGGACUUGGAGCCUCUUUCUGUUAUAUGCUUUCCUAUUUAGUGGGAAGACCAGUUGUAUAUAGAUAUCUAACAGAAAAAGCUGUGAAAUGGUCCGAGCAGGUUGAACGACAUAGAGAACACCUCAUAAACUAUAUAAUAUUUUUGAGAAUAACGCCUUUCCUUCCUAAUUGGUUUAUCAAUAUAACAUCUCCUGUAAUAAAUGUACCAUUGAAAGUAUUUUUCAUUGGUACUUUUCUAGGUGUUGCACCACCAUCUUUUGUAGCAAUUAAAGCAGGAACAACAUUAUACCAACUUACAACAGCAGGGGAAGCUGUUUCCUGGAACUCUGUGUUUGUUCUCAUGAUUUUAGCUAUUCUCUCAAUUCUGCCAGCUAUCUUCCAGAAGAAACUUAAACAAAAGUUUGAAUAAGAAUCGCACUGGAUCUAACUUUCCCAUGCUUCAUCUCAGGAUCAGCACUUCUGAUAUUUGUACGCUCACUUUUCUAUGGGAGACUUGUAAUGGAUAAAAAUAUUCUUACUUCUGUAAAUAAGCACAUUUUGUUGCCUGAAAUUAAGGGAGCUGUGUUCAGAAAUAUUCUGUAUAUAGUUUUGUAGUCCAAAUCAUCAGUGUUGUACUCUUUUUGGAGACAAGAAGAGGGAACUGAACACCCAGAAGAUUGAACUUUUUGCUCUGGUUUAUAUAUGGGGUGGAAAGUUUCAGAUGGAAAUGUAACCUACAGAUGCUGGUUUCUAAACUUGCAAAAAAUAUAAAUCUAAGCAGUCAGUCUAAUUUUGUAGCAUUCUCAAUGCUGAUACAGACUUGCAUGUGAUUUGGUCUGGUUGCACUUAUUUUUCAUACCCACCUUUCCUUUUUAUUCUCUUGUCUUUCAUGGUUGUAGAAUAAUGUAAUGUAAAUAGUACUCGCUCAUAAAAUGACUUUUCUAUAAGAAGUACUUGAAACUCAAGUGAUGUAAGCCAGAAGAAGCUGAGAUUUUUUCAUUCUGUUUCUUUUUUCUUUGUGUUUAUUUUUCUUUUUAAAUACUUGAACACAUCUGCUUUAUGAACUGAAUUAACACACGGAGGAAUGUCAAGUAAUUCCCCCUUUAUCUGUAGAUUUUAUGUGGGGGCAGAUCCAAAUUUUAUUAUAGUUUGCUAAUAAAUGCUAAAGUUUUUAAUUCUUGUUUAGACAUAUUUUAAUAUCUAUUUUUGCCAGUAUUCCAAAUGAUAGCCUUAUCCUACUGAUUUAAAAUAAUUGCUACAUGGUUAUACAGUUAUUAAAUUACUAGAAUGAAUAUAAGUGAUUAUUAGCAGGGAUCCUGGUUUUCUCUGAUUUAAAAAAAUCCCCAAUUUUUGGUUAAAAACUAACCCCAAAUCCACUUUUUUCAGUGAUUAAAUGAAACACCACUAACAUAUAGAGUGAUGUUUCAUUUUAAUGAUGGAAAAAUAUGGAUUUGGGGUUACUUUUUUUUAACCAAAAAUUGGGGAUUUUUUUAAAUGGGAGAAAACCAGGUUCCCUGAUUAUUAGCUGCUUGCAAUUCUUGUGUGUAUACUGGUGAAAGACUGAAAAAAUCUCGCUCUUUAGUUGGUGGUAGCUUGCCACUAUGGCAACUCAAUUGGCUAAAAAGUGCAUCAGGUAUGCAAAUUAAUACAGGGUUUUUUCUGUUCAUCUAAAAUAUAUUGCCAUGUAUUGAUUUUAUGUAUCAUGUAAUGAAAAUACUACAUCUUACUGUACUUGAACUUAAAAAA